GAACCAACCGCCUGCAGUACGUGAGCUGUGUGAGCUGUUUGAGUAGUGUGUUGGGAAGAUGUAGUGAUAGUUAACUAGCCAGUUACGUCGUUGAGGAUUAAUUUAACGUUUUUAGUCAAAGGUGUACUCGGUUAUUCGCCAUUCCCUGCAAACCUCCACAAGCUCAAACAACGUUAACCGGCCGCUGCUGUGACUGUCACCCCAUUUAUUUGGCUGAAGACCCACUUUUUACUCGAGCUGACCUGACAUUAGUUCUCAAACCCCAUGUGAAGUUUGAACUUGAGGAAUUUGUCACCUGGUGCCUGUGCAGAUGCCACGUUCGGAAAACGCAAAUAGGAGAGAGAAGAAAAGACCAAAAUUAGACUGGAAGUUUGUGCAGAGGUUCUGCAGUAUCCAGAGGGUGCUGUUUCCAUCAUGGAUCAAUCAGAAUGUGCUCAUGUUCGGGACACUGCUUGUCGUCACUCUUACAGAGCAGCUGAUCAUUUACCAGGUGGGUGUCCUCCCCAGCCAAUUCUACAUGGUGCUGGCUGACAAAGACUACCCAGGCUUCAAGAAUCUGGUGGGCCUUGCUAUGGUGCUCAUAUUGCUGAACUCCACAAUGAAAAGUGUGGACCAGUACAUAUGCGGUCAGAUGUACGUCAGCUGGAGGAAGACGCUAACCGAGAGCCUGCAUGCUGCCUACUUCCAAGGAAGGGUUUAUUACACACUCAAUGUACUCAGAGAGGACAUCGAUAACCCGGACCAGCGGAUCAGUCAGGAUGUAGAGAGGCUGUGCAAGCAGAUGAGCACCAUGGCGAGUCGUCUGAUUGUGUCACCAUUCACCCUGGCUUACUACACCUACCACUGCUUUCACAGCACUGGCUGGAUUGGACCUGUGAGUAUCUUCUGUUACUUUGUGAUUGGGACUGUGGCCAACAAAAUGCUUAUGGGGCCCAUUGUGACAACUCUGUUUGAGCAAGAGAAACUGGAGGGUGACUUCAGAUUCAAGCACAUGCAGAUCCGAGUCAAUGCAGAGUCUGCAGCCUUUUACAGAGCUGGCAAAGUGGAGCACAUGAGGACUGACCGAAGACUACAGACUCUGUUGCUCACUCAAAAGAGUCUCAUCAACAAGGAGCUCUGGCUGUAUAUUGGGGUAAACACCUUCGACUACGUGGGAGGUUUCCUCAGCUACAUCAUAAUUGCAAUCCCGAUUUUCACUGGUGUCUACGACGGUCUCAGCCCCGGCGAGCUGAGUGCACUCAUCAGUAAAAACGCCUUUGUCUGCAUCUACUUGAUAAAUGGCUUCACGCAGCUGAUAGACCUGUCCACCACUCUGUCAGAUGUGGCCGGAUACACCCACAGGAUCGGGGAGCUGAGGGAGGUGAUGGAUGACAUCUUGCGGACGCAGUGUGACUAUGACCCGGCGUCAGGGGAAAGCUACAACUUUGACAGUGACUUUGACAUCCACGGAGGCCCAGCAGACACUGCCUUCAUCCUGGACCAUGUGUCCUACAAGUCUCCAUACUCAGACCAGCUUCUUGUAGACGACCUGAGUCUCAAGAUCAGCCAGGGUACUCACCUGCUCGUGGUGGGCAACACAGGCACCGGCAAGACGUCACUGCUGAGGGUCCUUAACCGUCUCUGGGAGGCAGAGAGUGGUUUUGUCCACAUGACCACAUGCUUUGGGCCCAGAGGGACGCUCUUCCUGCCCCAGAAGCCUUACAUGACUGACGGGACACUCAGGGAACAGGUCAUCUACCCCUUGAAAGAUAUUUACCCUGCAUCAGGGCCAGUGGAUGAUGACAGAAUUCUACAGUUUCUGGAACUAGCCGGCGUGUCCAGUCUGCUGAAGCGAACAGGCGGGUUGGAUGAAAAAGUUGACUGGAACUGGUAUGAUGUUCUGUCUCCAGGCGAGAUGCAGCGCCUCAGCUUCGCACGCCUCUUCUACCUGCAGCCCAAAUAUGCAGUGCUGGAUGAGGCCACCAGUGCCCUGACAGAGGAGGCGGAGGCCCAGCUGUACCGAGCCUGUAAACAGCUGGGCAUGACCUUGGUCAGUCUGGGACACCGUAGCACCCUGGAGAAGUACCACGAUAUCCAGCUGAAACUGUGUGGAGACGGCCGGUGGGAAGUCACCAAGCUAAAAGGGAGCGGAGGUAGUCUAAUUCUUCGAGACCCAGCCAUGUGACUGGAGGGCCACCGCUUUGAAUCUCCGGACAUGCUGCAGAACUGUGUGGGAGAGGUGAAACACAAAACGGUCUCCUACUCCCUACUAACAUUCAUGUUAGUGCCUUUGAGCAAAGCACUCUAACUGCAAUGACUCCAGUGGAGGCACUUUGUGGCCAACACUUCACAGCCAGUUUGUGUAUAUGAAUGUUAACCGUCCUCCAUGUGCAGCUCCAUCCACAGGCCAUGGUGAAGUCAAAUGUUUUUUUUUUGCCAAAUUGCCUGGUUAAAUAAUGAGUUAAGAAAAUGGUUGGAAACUGUGGUGGCUAAACUGCUCAAUGUGGAUUAGUUUUGUGAGUCAGGAAGCUGAACCCUGGUCAUCUUAGAGGGAAUGUCACCUCAGAGUCAGCCAAAAUGUACUGUACCUUUUUAGAUUUCUCCAGUAUGAAUUUAUAAUAAAAAAAAUUACCAAGGAAAGAAGAUGGACAUGUUUUAGUACAGUUUUUAUUAUGCAACUUUAUGAGAUUAAAUGUUUGUGUUAUGUUCA